AUGAAGGAAGUGAUUUUAGCUAUUUUAACCUUCGUAUGUAGCAUAUUUUUAGUUUUCGUAUUUGUGUUGUUUUGCUGGUACAUUGUGUGGAAGUGUUGUUUAUCUAAAUUUCGAUUUGUUCGCGAGCUCCUUGGGGGUAUGUCAGAUACUCCCCCAGCAUCAGAGAUAAGGCAGCCAAGUAAAUUAAGGAAACCUAGAAGAGAAUAA